CAGAGCAGCGAAAACCUCCUGACCCGGUUGUGAUUAGCCAGAAAGAGGAAGUCAGUAGUUCUUCCGGUGAUGUGAAAACGCGCCGAGUACAUCACGGUGGGAGGUGAUUUGGAGCUGAUGGGGGACGAAAAGGAAACCUGGAAAGUUAAGACAUUAGACGAGAUCUUACAAGAGAAGAAACGCAGACGAGAGCUGGAAGAGAAGAGUGACCCUAAACGCUCAAAGAACACGGAUGAUCGGGAAUCCAAACGGGACACUCCGGAGGAAGGAGAGCUACGAGACCACAGGAUGGAAAUAACAAUAAAGAAUUCACCCUACACACGGGAAGACUCGACUGAGGACAGAGGAGAGGAGGACGAGUCUCUGGCCAUCAAACCCCCGCAGCAGAUGACACGAAAAGACAAAUCCUACCACAGAAAAGAGGAGAAGAGGAAGGACAAGAGGAGGCGCAGGAGCGUUUCUGCAGAAGGAGCAGGGAAACACAUACGCACAAAAGACAAAGAGAAGGAGCGAGAAGAUGAGAGAAGGAAGAGACAGUGGCAGGAGGACAACAAAUCACGACGAGAUUACGAACGUCAGAAACGGAGAGAUCAAGCCAGAGAUCACUCCCGCCGAGAGAGGGAUCGUCUGGAGCAGCUGGAGCGCCAGCGGGAAAGAGAGCGCAAACUCCGUGAGCAGCAGCAGAAAGAGCAGAGAGAGCAGCGCGAGCUGAAGGAGAGAGAGAGGAGAGCGGAGGAGCGCCGCAAAGAGAGAGACGCCCGCAGGGACGGGCCUGUGUCUCAUCACAGAGGGGCUCCUGGAGAGGAGUACACAGAUAAGAGCCGCUCACGGCACCGCAGCCGCAGCCGCAGCCCGGUCCGUCAGCAGAGAGAGACUAAAGCAGAGAGCAGCGAACAGCGGCGAGCAGUGCGGGAGGGGAAGAUGGAGGAAAAAAAUCCCCUGUCUGAUCUGCAGGACAUCAGUGACAGUGAGAGGAAGACCAGCACACCAGAGUCAUCGAUGGUACCAAAGCAUCUUGCCAUGCUGCCAUUUAUCUGGUUGGUCAUCUGCGCUGAGCAUUAUAACCAUCACACAUGUAUGUGUAUAGUGCAUGAAUCAUUAUGCACUUUCCUAUGUGUACAUACUUUAUCUUUCUCAGCUGCCAUGAGUGAUGAAGAACAGUCAGAGGAGGAAGAAGAGGACAGAGAGAAUGGAAUCCACAUUCCUCCCAUUCCAGAGUCCCGGUUCGAUCAUGACUCGGAGGUGAGCGGUGAGGAAGAGGAAGAAGAGGGAGCUGAGGAGGCGGGAGACGUCACCCCACAGUCUCCCUCUCAUUCAGCCACUCCUGAAGACAACUACGUCCCCGAAUCGCCGCCCAUCUCGCCCGUAGAGCUGAAGAGAGAGCUGCCCAAAUACCUGCCGGCUUUACAGGGCUGCCGGAGCGUGGAGGAGUUCCAGUGCUUGAACCGCAUUGAAGAAGGCACUUACGGCGUCGUCUACCGAGCCAAAGACAAAAAGACGGAUGAAAUCGUGGCCCUGAAACGACUGAAGAUGGAGAAGGAGAAGGAGGGCUUUCCCAUUACCUCCCUCAGAGAGAUCAACACCAUCCUGAAGGCCCAGCACCCCAACAUCGUCACCGUCCGGGAGAUCGUCGUGGGCAGUAAUAUGGAUAAAAUCUACAUAGUGAUGAAUUACGUGGAGCAUGAUCUGAAGAGUCUGAUGGAGACCAUGAAACAGCCCUUUCUGCCCGGCGAGGUCAAAACGCUGAUGAUCCAGCUGCUGAGAGGUGUCCGUCAUCUCCAUGACAACUGGAUCCUUCACCGUGACCUGAAGACCUCCAACCUGCUGCUGAGCCACAAAGGCAUUCUAAAGAUCGGAGACUUUGGUUUGGCUCGAGAGUACGGCUCUCCGCUCAAGCCCUACACUCCAGUCGUGGUCACACUGUGGUACCGCUCACCUGAUCUGCUGCUGGGGGCAAAGGAAUACUCCACAGCUGUGGACAUGUGGUCAGUCGGCUGUAUAUUUGGAGAACUGCUCACGCAGAAACCUUUAUUCCCUGGCAAAUCUGAGAUUGAUCAAAUCAACAAAGUUUUUAAGGACUUGGGCUCUCCCAGUGAGAAGAUCUGGCCGGGAUACAGCGAGCUGCCUGCGGUGAAGAAGAUGACUUUCACAGAAUAUCCCUACAAUAACCUGCGCAAGCGCUUCGGAGCGCUGCUGUCUGGCCAGGGCUUUGACCUCAUGAACAAGUUUCUGACGUACUGCCCUGCCAAGCGGAUCAGUGCCGAUGAGGCACUUAAACAGGAGUAUUUCCGGGAGUCGCCGCUCCCCAUCGAGCCCUCCAUGUUCCCCACAUGGCCGGCCAAGAGCGAACAGCAGCGGGUGAAGAGAGGAACGAGCCCACGACCGCCGGAGGGAGGACAGGACUUCAGCCAGCUGGGUGAUGAUGAUCUUAAAGAUACUGGUUUCCAUUUGACCACUGCUAACCAGGGUGCCUCCAAAGCUGGUCCAGGAUUCAGCUUGAAGUUCUGAGCUCCGGCGGCCAGCAGGCUUUCUUUGCGUGUGUCUGACACGAUGCUGAGACUCAUUUAGAGAACGAGCAUCAGAGAGCAGUUCACUGGACUUCACUGAGACACACAGACUCUGGGGAACCAUUUUCUUUUUACAAGCACCGAGGACCUCCAUGAAGUUCAAGUGCUUUAAUUUCCUCAUGUUCAUCUGAAAUAUAAUGUGUUGGUUGGUUCUGCUUGGUUUGAAAACGAGCAGCAGAUCAGCAUUUUCAGAUUUUCUCUUUUAUUUUUUUCUCUUCGUCUGCAGUUGUAGCUGGGAAUAGGAUGUUGAAAAUCCAUUUUUGUGACAUCAUAUGAAUAUUAAAUAAAACAGUUUUAAAAACAUUAA